AACCGCUGAUUUAUGAAAUAUUCUAAAUUUUCAUCUUGGAAACAAUGAACGUCAGUAUAAAUGACACAGUACAAUCGGCGCCACAGAUCUCUACAUUUCUACAAUCGCUCUUCAUCGUGAUGUAUUCCUUUAUUAUAGUGAUUGCAGUAGGGGGAAACAGUAUCGUGUGUUAUUUGGUGUAUGCUUAUAAGCGGAUGAGGACGGUCCCAAACUAUUUCAUCGUCAAUUUAGCCUUAAGUGAUAUUAUAAUGGCGAUUUUCUGCAUUCCAUUUACGUUUGUGGCCAAUCUAAUGCUUAAUUAUUGGCCAUUUGGAGAGUUAAUGUGUCCGACCGUAUGCUACCUCCAAAUAGUGUCUGUAUUUGUGAGUGCUUAUACACUUAUGGCAAUGAGCGUAGACCGAUACAUAGUGAUUGUACAUCCAUUUAAGAAAAGAAUAACUACAGAGUAUACGUUGUUUAUCAUUAUCAUUAUCUGGAUUUUAUCUCUGUCUAUCCCUAUCCCUACAUUGUUCAAUGCCCGGAUUAAGUAUUAUUCGAACACGAGUGGCCAGUGCCUUGAGAUUUGGGAGGGUAAUGAGAGAGGGCGGUACGCUUAUAGCGUAGGGAUCAUGGUCCUACAUUAUUUUGCCCCGAUGGUCGUCAUGAUGUUUUGUUACACGACAAUUAGAUAUCACAUAUGGUUAAAACACAAUCAAAAAGACGAUCAGAACAAACGGAGGCUACAACUUGCGUCCGCCAAACAGAAAAUGAUCCGCAUGAUGGUGACUGUGGUGAUAUUUUACGCCCUCUGCUGGCUGCCUUUCCACGUGAUCACACUUGCUGGAGACCAGGAUCCUGAGAUCUAUAACCAGAGCUUUAUGCCCGUUCUCUGGGUUUUCUUCCACUGGUUGGCCAUGAGCAACAGCUGUUACAAUCCAAUCAUAUAUAUCUGGAUGAGCCCGAAAUUUAGAGCAGGGCUUCAUUUAGCAUUCCAUAAGUGUUGUCAACGAAGACAUUCAAAAUGUGAAUCUGAUGAGCAAAUAGACGAAAUAGGUGUAAAUAAUGGGGUUGUUUUACGUAUUGAAAUCCAAUCAUCGCAAAAAAUAAAUAAAAAGUCUGAAGACUGUAGGUAUUUAUCGCAUAAGGAACAGCUUUUGUCUGAUAAUUACGUUUUACCUGGUAAGAUACACAGCGACACCUGAAAUA